AGUCUUUGUCUUUGUUACUUCACAUUCCUCCUGUUGUCUUACUCCUAGCUCACAACCCAUAAAACGGUCUGACACACGAGAGCACUUCUCAGCGGGACUGGCCCAUUUCUCGGAGCUUUGAUAUUGACCAAGAGUACUGGUCCCUCGUUCAAUUUACACUAUCUCUUCGUUUCUUAUCCAAUUGACAGCUCUUUCCCGCGUCCUCUGACAAGCUCAACACAAUGGCGACUGACGUCGGCCAUGUUGCCUCGCGCAUCCUGUCCCCCGAUACUCCUCGCGACCCGAACUUCGAUGAUUUUUCCUUCAUUCCUUUCCUGCGCAGUAGCUAUGGAUUCGGCCUAGCUAGCGACGUUCCCGAAUGCAAGGCCUUCCACGAGGGCCACUGUCCGCUGGGGCCGGCCUGCCCGGACCGACAUCCUACGCCCUCACGCAUGACCACGUCAAUGACGACAGCCUCGGGACUGGCGCCCUCAACAACGCAUGGAUCACUGGUUUGCAAACACUUUCUCAAGGGGCUCUGCAAAAAAGGCAUUAAAUGCGAGUACCUCCACGAAUACAACCUGCGGCGCAUGCCCGAGUGCCAGUCCUUCUCUCGAUCCGGCUACUGCCCGAAUGGCGACGAUUGCCUUUACCAACACGUUCGGGAGGAAGCCCGGUUGCCGCCGUGCGAACACUAUGACCGGGGCUUCUGCGAGCUGGGACCGCUGUGUGCCAAGCGGCAUGUGCGCCGCCGUCUCUGCCCGUUCUACCUAGCGGGAUUCUGCCCGGAAGGAAAGAACUGCACAGAUGCGCACCCCCGGUGGUCGGAGAACCUACCGCGGCCCACGAUGCGAGUGGAGAAGACGGAAGAGGACCUGGAGCGGGAGCGGGCUCUGAUCCGCGAGGAACAGGAGAAGGAAAAAGAACGGGAGCGCGAAUGGCGGAGCGAACGUGGCCGUGGCGGAGGUUUCAUGCGCGGCCGGUUCCGUGGGCGUGGGCGUGGCUAGACGAUGCUCUCUCGGGGAGAAAUUCUGUGAGAUUCCAGUUGCUGCAUUGUGAAGAUACCCCCUCCGUGGCAUUUGAUGAUGAUUUGAUUUAUUUUACGACGCAAAGCGGGCAUGUGAUGUAUGUAUUUUAUGCAGAUAUAAGAGUCGGAGAAGAGGGCCAAACG